AUGGCCACUCUGCCGUCAAACGGCGGCUUCGCCUUUGGUGCGGUCAACGGGUCCAACAACCUGGUCAAUGGUGAUGUCGCCCGUCUGGAGGCACAGCAGUUCCUCGAGAGCGUCAAGCCUCUCAAGGAAGGUCCUUCCUACGGCUUUACUCUUGCCUCCAACAAAGCGCAGUCUCCCUUCGCCCGAUACUACGGUCUCUCGCUGCUCGAAUACGCGAUCACACAUAACUGGUCCGAAUAUGGAGAUGAGGAGGCUGCCUGUCUGAGGGGCUGGGUCCUCGAGCUUGCCCAGCGCGUUUCUCGGGGCCCUGAAGACCUCCUGUACAUCAGAAACAAGAUAGCGCAGCUGUGGGUUGAGGUGGCAAAGAGGAGCUGGGGCGCCGAGUGGAUGGAUAUGGAUGCCAUGCUGGUAGAACUCUGGCAUCUGCCGGGCUUUACUGUGCACAAGGAACUCGUCCUGUCUGUCCUCGGCUCGCUCUCUGAAGAAAUAAUCGGCGGGGACGAUCCCAUUGUCGCUAUGCGCGAGAACGUCUUGGACAAAGCCGUUGUCGACAUCUUCAUGCCCGCGCCUGUCAUUACCGCCGAGUUUCCUAGUCGUGAACAAGGUGCGCCUGUCCGCUGCGGCGAUGAAGGCUGGCUCCAACGUGCAGUCGUCCUGCUUGGUGAAUGUUUGGGGUCGAACCUCCAGAGUGAAGACGUGCGGACCUGCGCGCUCAAGGCCCUCUCUAUGCUUACCGUCAUCCUGCCAUGGGCGUUCCCAAAGGCGGUCAUCGAGACCAACUGUGUUAGGUACAUGUAUGAGGGCCUCGUGGCGUCUCAUGUGGCCGUUCAGAAAGCUUCUCUCGAGGCUCUACAUGCCUUGUACGCUCGUAGCGGGUUCAGCGACGAGCACUUCUUGGCGCUUAUUGCACCCAUGUACGACAAGGAAUGCGUGGAGCGUUUCUCACAACUUUUUGCCUGGUCCACGGUAGACGCUGAAGAUAUCGAUGACGACAAAUAUCUUUUCGCCAAGAAGUUUUCAGAGACCAUAUCACAUCUCGGCAAUUAUCUAGAUCGGAAGUUCCACGUGUUUCCCCCAGGAGCCGACAUUCAGCCCUUCCUCCACUUUCUCCUCCAGGUCGUUCAGAGCCAGAGCCUGGUUGUCUCCAUCCCAAUUCUCGUCACGUGGACGCGGAUGCUCAACAACCGAUCCCUGGGCCCAUCCAUUGCGAAAUCCUCACUGGUCGCCUCUCUUCUGGAAGUCUGCAGCUCCAGGCUGGUCCGAUAUGAAAACCUCCCAGAGGAUACACAGGAUCCCACACUUUUGCUGCUCAUGGAAGAUACGGACACAAUCCCGGAACGGCAUGCCUUCCUAGGCAACUACAGGAGGUACAGCUCACAGAUAAUCGAAAGCAUCGUUGAAUUGACGCUGUCCGAUGCCAUCAAUCACAUCCUGGGCCAGACGGAGAACGUCCUUCAACACCUCUACGACGGACAUCCUCCCAUGAAUCCUGCUGCGUAUACCAAGAACUCGAUGCCUUAUCUACGGGUAGAUGCACAGUUUACCGUCAUCGAAUCUGCGCUGAAGGGUUACGUGAGGUCUCGACCCCCCAAGGGCGUCAGCCAAGAUCAAAUCGAUAUGCAGCGCGCUCAACUAGACGAGCACCUUGAGGCUUGGUGUAACCGCCUGAUUGAGAUGAAAUUUGAAGAUCCACUGAUUCGAAAGCGUGUUCUCCAGCUACUAGUCGCUUUCUCAACUACCGCGUUGAGGAAGAAUAACGAUUUCAUGCUCAAAGUUCUGGAGCACAUCUUGAUGACCUGGCCAGCGGCUCAGCCUGAGUACAGACACUUGAAUGAGGCGAUUAAGGACCUUCAAGCAGAGAGCAUCAACGAGCUGCAGCGAUUAGCGUUCAAGAUGCCGGACAACCUCCUUGCCGUGUACGAUUCAUUGGACAACAAGAUACAAGAGAUGAGUGCCUCUGGCACCUUGGAUGAGAGACGAUUGGUCAACUACAAGAGCUUUCUUUUCAUCAUUAUUCACCGGGCCACAAAUAUCGACCCGACGACCCGCCUGCAGAGGCUACAGAUGUUCGUCGAGCCCGUCAAGUCCCAGUGGAGGGAUGAUGGCUUAAAGCGCGCCCUGGAAUCUUACCAGGGCUUUUGCGAGAUGAUCGGUCUGGACAAAGCUCAGAGAUAUCUGGCAAGCCGUGGUGUGGACAAAAUAGCCGACUGGGGAGCUGUAGAACUGGAUGCUGAAGGUUCAACACUGCAAGCUGAACUCGAAGAGCGACAGCAGAUGCUGCCAUUGCGGGCAACUAAGACUUUCCUGAAUUACUCGGUGGAUAAGUUGGACAAGUCAACUGCACCAUACCAAGCAUCAUGCGCUCUGUGGCAGGACAGUUUCCCGGUCAUCCUUCCUCGGCUGCUGGAAUUCCUUGCCCAUGCUCAUGCUUCAGCAAAUCCACGCAACUGGGCCUUCCUUCCAGCAGAAAUGCAGUCUAUUGUCGGCCGAGUGCUCACAGAUAGAUUCUGGCAAGCUGGAAUCUCGGAAGGCAGUAAAGAUGAUUUCUACUCCAGGGUCAUCAAUAAGAAGAAUACCCUAGAAGGUCUGGCAUCGUCGAUACGAGGUUCUAUCCGCUAUGUGCGCGAGUUCUGCUACUCGAUCAUUUUCUGCAUGAGCUGUCUCGAGCAACAGUUCUACGGAGUCGCGGACCUUCCGGAUCCUCUGGCUCGCGCAUUAUUCACCGACUGCCACUACCUGUCAUCACAUCAACUCAUUGCCUUGCUGAACCUGGUCAGGCUCCUCAUUGAUGUCUGCCCAGUUGAGCUGCGGCACCAGUUCCUGCCUUCAAUACUGGAAGCUUGUUUCCGACAGACGGAUGGCAAGAUCAAGUCGGAAUGGGACAAGCUGGACCAGGCACUAGAGAUACAGGCCGCUGCAGAUGCACUGACGGAAGAAAUGAAGGCAGAGAGUGUCCUGCGUCAACUCUCCUACUCAGCCGUGAUCAUGGUGGCCGACUUUUUGGAUCCUCAGCGGAUAGAUCAACCUCUCAAAGGAACAGCGCAGAGGGACGAUGUGGAUGCCACGCCACAGUACCCUUCCCUACGCAAAUUCUGCUUGAUGCACUCAUCGAUCAUCGAGCCGCUCCUUGUUUUCAUGACACAUGCCAUACGCAUGCAUGACAGUAGAUGCUGCGGCGUUGUAUUGAAAGUCUUCCGCUCCAUCAUCCCCGAGCUGCCGCCCGUCGAGCCGGCCAAGCAUGCACCUCCACCGGACGACUUUAUGAUACCCGAAGAGACGUCGAAGGCCGUCAGGGAGUUCAUGUGCGGGGAGGUUCUGCAGGCUUGCAUCUCGUCACUCCACGAACAUCAUUUCGUCGACCUGCAAAGGGAGCUGGGCAACGUACUGGCGGCCAUCAUAGCAAACUAUGGCCAGCUUACCGCGACGCCACGGAUGAUCCUAUCGUCCCUGCCGAAUAUGCGACAGGAGGAUGUCGACCAAUGCCUGGCCAAUAUCACCCGUACUGGGACGAACCAGCGGCAACAGCGCGCGUACAUUCUCGAUCUGCUCAAGGACCUGAAGGGGGUGAGCAUUGCAGAGAUGGGCAAGGUGGACAAGACCUCUGAUUUCACAAAUGCUAAGAAGAAAGCUUCGACACGCAGUCAGAUGCAACAGGAGUUCAUGACUGCUCCCUCGACAAAUGGGCAAGAGGAACGCGGAAAGUCUCCAGACCUCACAGGAGUUGCUGGGUUGUUUGAUGGCUAG